AUGCCCAAGAGGAAGGUCAGCUCUGCUGAGGGUGUGGACAAGGAGACCAAGAGGAGAUCAGCGAGGUUGUCUGCUAAACCCACUCCUGCAGAAGUGGAAAUGAAACCCAAAAAUGUGAUGGGAAAGGAUAAAUCUUCAGACAAAAAUGUGCAAACAAAAAGGAAAAGGGGAGCAAAGAGAAAACACACCCAAGUAGCUAACCAAGAAACUAAAAAUGACUUAUCUGCAGAAAAUGGAGAAACUAAAAACAAGGAGAGUGCAGCCUCUGAUGAAGCAGGAGAGAAAGAAGCCAAGUCUGAUUAAUGUCAUACACCAUGUCUUAUCAGUGGUCCCUGUCUCUCUUCUUGUACAAUCCAGAGGA